AAGCUGUAACUACACAAAAAAAGCACUCAAGCAGCCUGGGCUGGGUCUGCUUGCCGCUUACAAGGAGAGGUUCCCUGGUAUUCAUGCAGAGAUAACCUGAUCUUUUUUUUACCCCCUCUUUUCAUCCCUUUUUUCCCCCUUUUUUCUCACUAGUCUCAUGUCUUGCCUAUAGACAUGAUGGACUUUGCACAUUUACGGACUUUCCUUUUUUUGGCGGCCUCCCUUGCCCAGGUUUCGAUUGUCACGUGCCAAGGCGGGGAUGACGGGAGCUGCUCAGCAGAUGGCCAAGUGUACCCCAACAAGGACAUCUGGAAGCCGGAGCCGUGCCGGAUCUGUGUUUGCGACAGCGGCCUGGUCCUCUGCGAUAACAUCCAGUGUGACGAGCUGACCAACUGUGAGAAGAUGUUCAUCCCUGAGGGAGAGUGCUGCCCUAUUUGUCAGAGCGAGAGCCCCAGCACCGGCGGCCAAGGGGCUUAUGGUGGGAGCACAGUCUACCAGGGCCAGAAAGGAGAACCCGGUGUUGUCCCAAUUGUGAGGGGUAUUCAAGGUCGUCCUGGACCUAUGGGACCCCCUGGUUUCCCUGGAGAUAGAGGAGACAGAGGAAACAAAGGAAGACCUGGUGUGCGAGGCAUUCAGGGUUUUGACGGAGAGCCUGGAAUUCCGGGACAGCCCGGUGAACCUGGACCUCCGGGACACCCAACUCACCCAGGAGGCCUGGGGGCGCAGAUCGCUGGAGGGUUUGACGGAAAAAAUGCACCCCAAAGCAUGCUGAGUGGCUCUAGGGGUGAAGCUGGAGCAAGAGGACCUUCCGGGCCAACUGGUGCCCCUGGACAACAAGGAACACAAGGACCUCCUGGAGAUGUUGGCGAUCCAGGACAUAUGGGUGGAUCAGGGCAGAGAGGACCCGAGGGACCCCCAGGGAAACCAGGAGAAGAUGGUGAAGCAGGCAAGUCGGGAAAUAGUGGAGAGGUUGGAUUCCCGGGAUCAGCGGGAUCCAGAGGGUUUCCAGGUACACCGGGGCCUCCCGGACUAAAAGGGCACAGAGGCCAUGCGGGUAUACUCGGGCAAAAAGGUGAAUUUGGAGCAGUUGGAUCCAAGGGUGCCACAGGCCCACCAGGGCCAAUGGGUGGACCAGGGCCAAUGGGUCCUGCUGGGAUGCCUGGAGAAAGGGGUCGUUCUGGACCCGGUGGAGCAGCGGGUAAGCGCGGCCUAUUGGGUAACGUCGGAAAACCAGGUCCAAUGGGUCCCCUGGGUCUCAGUGGCCCCGCUGGGUAUCCAGGAACACCAGGGCAGAAGGGACAAGCUGGUCCUACUGGUGUCCGUGGUCCAGAAGGUCCUCAGGGACAAAGAGGAGAGACAGGCCAUCUAGGGCGAGCUGGACCAACUGGCUUAAGGGGACCCACGGGUACUGACGGAGGCCUAGGUACCAAAGGACCGUUGGGAACUCUUGGUCCACAAGGUCCAGGUGGGCAUCUCGGACCUGCUGGGCCACCAGGACCCCAAGGAAGCACCGGCCAGCCUGGUAUCAAAGGACAAUUGGGAGAUGUUGGCGUACCGGGAUUUAAAGGAGAGGCUGGACCCAAGGGAGAACAAGGCCCUCAAGGAUCUCAAGGAGGGCUUGGACCUCAGGGCGAGGAAGGGAAGCGGGGACAUCGGGGCGACCCUGGUACUCUUGGCCCUCUUGGUCCCGUUGGUGAGCGAGGGGGCCCAGGAAAUCGAGGAUUCCCUGGUGCCGACGGAUUGCCCGGACCUAAGGGCGCUCAAGGAGAUCGUGGAAUAUCAGGCCCACCAGGACCAAAGGGUUCUCUAGGGGACCCUGGUCGUACAGGAGAACCUGGUCUGCCAGGUGCAAGGGGUCUUACCGGUACUCCUGGAGUCCAGGGAGCAGAGGGAAAGCCAGGACCACUGGGUGCACCUGGUGAGGACGGUCGUCCGGGCCCUGCAGGUUCCAUUGGCAACCGAGGGCCUGCAGGAACAAUGGGAGUACCCGGCCCCAAGGGAUUUAAUGGUGACCCAGGAAAGACGGGUGAACAAGGAUCUGCAGGAGUGGCAGGUCAAAGGGGUCCUCCUGGUAAAGAUGGAGAAGUUGGACCUGCUGGCCCACCCGGCCCAUCAGGCGUGGCAGGCGACAGAGGGGAACAGGGACCUCCAGGUGUAAAUGGCUUCCAGGGUUUACCAGGAAAUCAAGGUCCACCUGGAGAAUCUGGGAAACCGGGUGACCAAGGUAUUCCUGGAGAGCUUGGUGCUGUCGGACAAAUCGGACCAAGGGGGGAGCGUGGAAUUCCAGGGGAGAGAGGCGAGCUGGGACCAAAUGGUCUGCAGGGACCCAAAGGGAUCCCCGGAGCCCCUGGUCCUGAUGGGCCGAAGGGUAGUCCCGGUCCUUCCGGUGCUCUGGGUGACAUAGGUCCUCCAGGCCUUCAAGGAAUGCCAGGAGAGAGGGGCAUCUCCGGUCCACCUGGGCCGAAAGGUGACAGAGGGUCCAUCGGAGAGAAAGGGUCCGAGGGUACGGCUGGAAAUGACGGAGCAAGGGGGGCACCUGGUCCUGUUGGCCCCCUAGGUCCCGCGGGGCCCAGUGGUGAAAAGGGAGAACCUGGACCCAAAGGACCUGCUGGACCUGCAGGUUCAAGAGGACUACAUGGAGCAAGAGGCGACCCCGGCCCGAUCGGUGCAGUUGGUUUCGCCGGACCACCUGGUCCCGAUGGCCAACCAGGAGUGAAAGGAGAGCCAGGAGAACCAGGCCAGAAAGGAGAUGCUGGGUCCCCAGGCCCUCAAGGCUUGGCUGGGGCUCACGGGCCUCCUGGGCCAACUGGUGUUGCCGGACUGAAAGGCGGAAGAGGAACACAGGGUGCACCAGGGCCCACUGGUUUCCCCGGCUCUGCAGGGAGAGUUGGACCCCCGGGCCCGACUGGUCCAGUUGGUGAAGCUGGACCACUAGGUGCUCCUGGAAAAGAGGGACCUGCAGGUCUACGAGGAGACAACGGAUCCCCGGGACGACAAGGAGAGCGAGGACCACCAGGACAAGCGGGAAGCCCAGGGGACAAAGGCGAUUCUGGAGAAGACGGACCUACGGGUCCUGAUGGUCCUCCAGGCCCAGGAGGAACUACAGGUCAAAGAGGCAUUGUGGGUCUUCCAGGUCUACGUGGAGAAAGAGGGAUGCCAGGUCUCCCAGGACCAGCAGGCGCACCAGGAAAACAAGGGUCCACAGGAUCAACUGGAGAUAAGGGCCCCCCAGGACCAGUUGGUGUUCCAGGCACCACUGGACCCCGUGGUGAUCCCGGUCCUGAUGGUCCUGCUGGUUCUGAUGGUCCGCCAGGCAAAGAGGGCGUUCUUGGACAAAGGGGUGCCAGAGGGGAUACUGGUCUAGAGGGCUUAGCUGGACCUCAGGGACUUCCUGGCCCCGCAGGUCCUGUUGGUGUAGCUGGAGAUGCUGGAAAAAGAGGACAUGCUGGCUCCAGAGGGCCGGUCGGUCCCCCAGGAUCAGCUGGAAAGAGAGGAUUAGUGGGACCCCAAGGACCGCGAGGAGAUCAGGGCGACUUGGGUGAUCAUGGAGAUCGAGGGCAGAAGGGUCAUCGUGGGUUCACUGGUCUGCAGGGUCUUCCUGGACCUCCAGGUACAACAGGUGAACAGGGAGCUUCUGGAAUUGUCGGACCAAACGGUGCUCGGGGGCCACCCGGUCCUAUUGGGCCUCCUGGAAAAGAAGGAUACAUUGGACAGCCCGGGCCGAUGGGACCACCCGGAACCCGUGGACUCAGCGGAGAAAUCGGACCAGAGGGCCCUACAGGAGAACCCGGUCCCCAAGGCCCCCCCGGACCACCGGGACCUCCCGUGGCCGCCAUGGACGAUCUGUUCGGAGGCCCUCACGAUUACGACGACGGGCCCCCUCCUCCGCCGGAGUUCAGCGAGGACGAGGCCCUCCCCAACAGCAACGGGUCCACCGUGGUGCCCGUGGACCCGGGAGUCCAGGCCACCCUGAAGGCCCUCAGCAGCCAAAUUGACAGCAUGAAGAGCCCGGACGGCAGCAAGAAGCACCCGGCCAGGACCUGUGACGACCUCAAGAGAUGCUACCCCAUGAAGAAGAGCGGAGAAUACUGGGUCGAUCCCAACCAAGGCACUGCCGAGGACGCCAUCAAAGUCCACUGCAACCUGGAAACCGGAGAGACCUGCAUCUCUGCCAGCCCGCCCAGCAUACCUCGUAAAAACUGGGGGAGCUCUUCCAGGAACAAACCUGUGUGGUUUAACGCCGACAUCAUUAGAGGAACACACUUCACCUACGGCAGCAAAGAUCAGACCGCGAACACCAUCACCGUCCAGAUGACCUUCAUUCGCCUGCUGUCCAAAGAAGCCUCUCAGUCCAUUACGUACCACUGCAAGAACUCUGUGGGCUACAAAGACCAGAAGGCGGGCAACUUGAAGAAGGCCGUGGUCCUCAAAGCUUCCAACGACCUAGAGCUCAAAGCAGAGGGAAACAACCGCUUCAGAUACACAGUCGUGGAGGACUCCUGCUCACAGGCGAACGGCAACUGGGGCAAGACGGUGUUUGAGUACAGGACACAGAAAACCGCCAGACUUCCCAUUUUGGAUAUCGCCCCCGUGGACAUUGGCGGCCCAAAUCAAGAGUUCGGCAUCGACAUCGGGCCAGUGUGCUUCUUGUAAAGAACGUCACGGGUUGGCACUCCUGAUUGAACUGAGAAGGUGUCCUGAUUGUACAUACGAGUACUGAGGACUGUUCUGGCCCUGCGGCAAGAUAUUUAUUGUGCCUUUCAAACUCGGAAAAAGAUUUAGUUAAGACGAAUGUUCGGAAUCGACUCGUACGAUCGGGUCAACCCACGAAUCACGGCGUAAGUUUUGUUGUCGGACUUGGUUAAAAAAGUGCUAAAAUUCAACGUUUUUCGUGCUUAAGUGAUGGACCCCACCCCC